UUACAGCCUUGGAGAGACGACAGCCUGGCUUUCUUCGCAGGAAAUCAUGCAGUUUGCAAUCUGGCUGGUUGGACUAAUGUGUCAUCUGUCAGCGCUCGCCCGGGAGACCCUCCAGUACCGACUGCAUCCAAAGCAAGAGAGCUUCAUCAAGCAGCUGUCAUCGUACGAGAUCGUCACGCCGCUCCGCGUCAACGACUUCGGAGAGUCGUUCCCACACAAGCUGCACUACAGGAGGAGACGGAGGAGCGUGGACGACGAGCUGUCGGGCUUGCGGGUUCACUACAGGGUCGAUGCGUUCGGGGAGCGCUUCCACCUCAACCUGACGGCGGACUCCGGCUUCAUCGCCCCCUCCUACGCGGUGACACACUUGGGAGCGGAGCGCAGCUCCGACGCGGACUCCCGCUUCCAGGACCCGGCCGACAUGCGCCACUGCUUCUUCCGCGGACACGUCAACGCCACGGGCGCGUACCCCGCAGUCUUCAGCCUGUGCACCGGCCUGAUCGGAACGUUUACAACACAACAUGGCGAAUACUUCUUGGAACCUCUUUUAACCUCUGAGGGGGAGGAAUAUGAUGAGGAACACAACAAACCCCACCUGGUGUACCGACACGAGAGGAAGAGGAACAUCUCGAACUCUGACAACAGCGCGGGGCCCUGUGCUGCCUCAGAAGAAUCCAAAAGGCCGGUCUCCUAUGAGGAGAGAGGAAACAUGGGAGAGGAGCUGGACUCCCUUAGAGCGACAAUCGACGAUCAACGCGGCCAUGAAAACAACUCCACCGACGUGCAUCCCAGAUCUCCUCGCAGACGCAAGCGCUUCCUCUCCUACCCUCGCUACGUGGAGCUGAUGGUGACAGCCGACGCCAAAAUGGUUCGCCAUCAUGGACGCAACCUGGAGCACUACAUCCUAACAAUCAUGUCAGUAGUAGCGGCGGUGUACAGGGACCCCAGCGUCGGAAACCUCAUCAACAUCGUGAUCGUCAAGCUGGUUGUCGUCCACAAUGAGCAGGAAGGCCCCACGGUCAGCUUCAACGCCGCCACCACGCUCCACAACUUCUGCGUCUGGCAGCAGAGCCAGAACGUCCAGGACGACAGCCACCCCUCCCACCACGACACCGCUCUGCUCAUCACCAGGGAAGAUAUCUGUCGGGCCAAAGAUAAAUGUGACACUUUGGGCCUCGCAGAGCUGGGGACCAUGUGCGAUCCGUACCGGAGCUGCUCCAUCAGCGAGGAAAACGGUAUCAGCGCUUCCUUCACCAUCGCUCACGAACUGGGCCAUGUGUUCAACAUGCCUCAUGACGACAACCCCAAGUGCCGGGAGGCGGGCAUGAAGCACCAGUAUCACGUCAUGGCUCCCACCCUCAACUAUGACACCAAUCCCUGGUCUUGGUCCAAGUGCAGCCGCAAGUACAUCACAGAGUUUCUCGACACUGGCUAUGGCGAAUGCCUCCUUGAUGAACCUGUUGCCAGGACUUAUGAGCUUCCCACCCUCCUCCCCGGUCAGAUCUACAAUGCCAACAGACAGUGUGAACUGAUGUUCGGCCCCGGCUCUCAGAUUUGCCCCUACAUGAAGCAGUGCAAGCGGCUGUGGUGCACGAGCGCGGAGGGCGACCAUAAGGGCUGUCGAACGCAGCACAUGCCACUGGCUGAUGGCACUGAAUGUGGACUUGGAAUGUACUGCAGACAUGGAAUGUGUGUAAACAAGGAGUUAGACCUUCAGCCGGUCCAUGGGGAGUGGGGUCCCUGGGGUCCUUACAGCGUUUGCUCCAGAUCCUGUGGUGGAGGAACGAGAAGCACCACCAGAGACUGCAACAAGCCUGAGCCCAGAAAUGGCGGUAAGUUCUGCGUGGGCCGCAGGAUGAAGUUCCGCUCCUGCAACACUGAGCCGUGCCCGCGAGGGCGGAAAGACUUUCGGGAAGAGCAAUGCUCCCACUUUGACGGCAAGCACUUCAACAUCAACGGUCUACCUCCCACCGUCCGCUGGGUCCCCAAAUACAGUGGCAUACUCAUGAAGGAUCGGUGUAAGCUCUUCUGCCGGGUGGCUGGCACCAUGGCGUACUACCAGCUGAAAGACCGCGUCAUCGACGGCACGCCGUGUGGACCAGACACCUACGACAUCUGCGUUCAAGGCCUCUGCAGGCAAGCGGGCUGUGACCAUGUACUCAACUCGAAGGCCAGAAAUGACAAGUGUGGAGUGUGUGGUGGGGACAACUCUUCGUGUAAAACUCUGGCCGGGACCUUCAAUGAUGCUCAAUAUGGUUACAACACGGUGGUGCGGAUCCCAGCUGGAGCCACCAACAUCGACAUCAAACAGGUCAGCUACUCUGGAAAGCCAGAAGACGACAACUACCUCGCUUUAUCUGACAGCCAGUCCAACUUCCUCCUCAACGGGAACUUUGUGGUGGCCAUGUUCAAAAGGGAAAUCACUUUCAAGGGAACCGUCAUCGAGUACAGUGGCUCCGACACGAAAGUGGAACGGAUCAACUGCACUGACCGCAUCGAGGAGGAGCUCAUUUUACAGGUCCUGUGCGUGGGAAACCUCUACAACCCAGACGUACGUUACUCCUUCAACAUCCCCAUCGAGGAGCACCGGGAGCAGUUUGUGUGGGAUCCCUCGGGCUCCUGGCUCGAGUGCAGCCGCAUCUGUCAGGGCGAGCGGCGUCGGAAGGCGGUAUGCGUGCGUAAGAGCGAUCACCUGGAGGUGUCGGACCAACGCUGUGAACAUUUACCUCGUCCUGUUGCUGUGACUGAGCCUUGCAACACGGAGUGUGAAGUCAGGUGGCACGUGGCCGGGAAGAGCGAGUGUUCGGCCAAAUGCGGCCCGGGCUUCCGCAGCCUGGACGUUCAGUGUAUGAAGUACAGCCGGAUGAAGAGGCAGAGCGACAGGGUGGAGGCCAGCGCCUGCGGGGACAGCGCCAAGCCGCAGACCAGGGAGUCCUGUCACGGAGACUGUCUGCUCAAGAGCUGGCAGUACAGCGCCUGGUCACAGUGCUCCAAGACGUGCGGGCGUGGGAGUCGGAGCAGAGAGUCGUACUGCAUGAACAAUCUGGGCCGGCGGCUGGUGGACCGGGAGUGCAGCGAGUACCAGAGGACGGUGACCGAGCCGUGCAACGACCAGCCGUGCCCCAACUGGACCGUCAGCGAGUGGAGCGAGUGUCUGGUGACUUGUGGGAAGGGGAUGAGGCACCGCCAGGUGUCCUGCAGCGCGGCGGCCGGCGAGGACAAGCUGAGCGAGCACCUGUGCGACUCCUCCAGCAAGCCCCCCGCCGUGGGGAGCUGCGAGCUGCCCGAGUGUGCGUCCUGGCAGGUCGGCGUCUGGGGAGCGUGUGCGGUGACCUGUGGGCACGGUUACCAGAUGAGAGCCGUGAGGUGUGUGUCGGGGGAUUACGGCAACACGGUGGACGACAGGGAGUGCAAUGCUGCGGCGAGGCCCAGGGACAGUCAGGACUGCGAGAUGCCAGCGUGCCCAUGGGCCUCUCCGGCACAAAGCACGCCUCGUCCUGAUAACUCCGCUCAGCUCCUGAUACAGUGGCGAUACGGAUCCUGGACUGCGUGCUCGGUGUCCUGUGGAAAAGGGAAGCGGGCGCGUUACGUCAGCUGUAGAGACGCCCAGGGGGGCGUGGCCGACGAAUCGUACUGCGCCCACCUGCCUCGCCCUCCGGAGUACUCCGCCUGCUUCAGCCCCUGCGGCCAGUGGCAUGCCAGGGAGUGGUCUCCUUGUUCGGUGACCUGCGGCGUGGGCAGGAGCAGCAGGCAGGUGGUCUGUUCCCACUACCACCAGACGGUGGAGGCGUCUCUGUGCGACCCCGAGGAGAAGCCGGCCACGGAGCAGGAGUGCACCGCCGCGCCCUGCUCCCCCGUUCAUCACCGCCAGCGCAUCAACGACCAGCCCUACGGGUACCCCCAGGACCCCGGGCACCACCCCGGGCACAGCAGCUGGAACGUGCCCUCAGCGGACAACCAGUGGAGGACGGGACCCUGGGGCGCAUGCUCCAGCACCUGUGCAGGGGGCUUCCAGAGGAGGGUGGUGGUCUGUCAGGACGGAGAAGGCCGCAGUAACAGCUACUGCGACGAGAGGGUGAAGCCUGCCGAGUCCAAGAGCUGCGACUCCGGACCGUGUCCGCUGUGGAACUACGGCGUCUGGGGAGAGUGUACCCAAACCUGCGGCGGAGGAAGGAGGACCCGUCUGGUGGUGUGUCAAAGGCCCAACGGACAAAGGCUCAACGACUACAACUGCGACGUCCUGGACAAGCCGCCCGACAUGGAGCAGUGCAACCUGCAGCCCUGCCCGGGCUCCGCCUCCUGGCACCGCCGCCCCUGGAAGCCGUGCUCGGUGAGCUGCGGUCGGGGGACCAAACAGCGGGAAAUAGCCUGCGUUUAUCAAAACCAGACCAAAAUAGAGGAGGACCUCUGCAGUCAUCUGCCUCGGCCCCGGACGCAGAAGGCCUGCCGGGCCCAGCGAUGCCCCGGAUGGAAAGCCAACAGGUGGACGGAGUGUUCUGUGACCUGUGGAGUCGGAGUCCAGAACCGAGACGUGUACUGCCGGCUGAAACGGAGCGGACGGGUCCGAGAGGAUCUCUGCGACGCGCACGCCCGUCCUCCUGUUGUCCGGCCGUGCCAGACUGCAGAGUGCACGCAUUACUCGUGGGUCGCCGGUGAAUGGCAAGGAUGUAACGCGACGUGUGGAGAAGGCGUGCGGAGCAGGAAGGUGGGGUGCGUCGGUCCCGGGAUGGCACCCGCCCAGGAUGAUUACUGCGAGCCGUCGUCCCGGCCGUCAUCCCUGCAGCCCUGCAAGGAGGCUCCCUGUCACUAUAAGUGGAUGGCAGGGGGGUGGUCACAGUGCUCUGCCAGCUGCGGCGUCGGCUACCAGCAGCGCAUCGUCUCCUGCGCGGUGACGCCGUCCUCUCAAACGCAGCGCCGGUACGCUCCGUCUUCUUCCGUCAGCACGAACUGCCCCGAGCCGCACCCCGCCGCCACGCGGCCCUGCCUCCUCGCAGACUGCCCGCACACCACCUACUGGAAGGUCGGCCCGUGGAGCAAGUGCUCGCAGACCUGUGGAGCAGGAGUGAUGGAGCGCCGGGUGGAGUGUGUGAACCCGAAAGGCCACCUGUCCAAACACUGCCGCCAGUCUGAAAAACCAGAGUCUCAAGCUGCAUGUCAAGAGAGGGAAUGUCAGAUGUUCACUUCCUGCCGAGAGAUCCAGAUGAGGCGGGGCGUGAGGAUUGAUGGGGAGUACUACCUGAAAGUCAAGUCCCGGAUAUUGCAGAUUUACUGCGCCGAGAUGCAGACUGAUUUCCCGAAAGAGUACGUGACGCUACGCAGCGGUCAGACGGAUAACUACUCGGAGGUGUACGGCCACAGGCUACUGAACCCCUUUGAAUGUCCGUAUAAUGGAAGCCGGCGGCAGGACUGCGACUGCAGGAACGACUACUCCGCAGCAGGAUACACGCUCUUCCACAAAGUUCGCCUGGACCUGAGCUCUCUGAGGAUAAUGAUCACAGACCUCCAGUUUUCGCAGACUCUCCUCGGUCGACCCGUUCCCUUUGCCACAGCAGGAGAUUGUUACAGCGCGGCCAAGUGUCCACAGGGCCAGUUCAGCAUUAAUCUGAUUGGCACUGGUCUCAAGGUGGCCCAGGCCACCAAAUGGAUGUCUCAGGGCAACUAUGUUUCCGUCAAAGUCCACAGGUCUGAGGACGGGACAAGAAUCUACGGCCGCUGUGGUGGUUUCUGUGGGAAGUGCAUUCCCCAGGCUCACAGUGGCCUUCUCCUUCAAGUCCACUGACACACCAAACUCAUGAAUCCGUCUUGAACUCAGUAACCCGGGAGAAACACAAUAACAGUGAUUUGUUGGAUCCUGCAGCCACCUGCGGGCGCCGCGGGCCCGGAUCUGACAGUUAUCGUCCGAAACUAUAUCGUCCGCAGUUCCCAAAUGGCAGCUAAAGCAGACAAGACGUCUUCCGGCGAGCGGUGCUGCGGGGGCCGCCAUCAGGUCCCUUGGCCCGACGGCUCAGGAGGAGCCAGCGACGUCUGCAACAGUUCUGCAGCCGCUAUCGAGCACACCUGCACUUCAGAGCCGAACCUAAAAUUCUCUUUGCUUUCUUUUAACACCUGUUUUUAAUUCAAAUAAAGGAUACAGGACUGAGACAUAAUAAGGAAGGAGAAACACAAAUAGCAAAGAAACAGACUUUAUCUCAAAGCAAUCAUCGCAGCAGGGUCAAAAUUCAGAACUCAUCAAGAAGUAACUUUGGUUUC